AUGGAACUCAGAAAGGAGCCCAUGUCGUACAGUCGAGCAAGUGAGCUGAUGAAGUGUGAGCUUCAAAAGGAAGAGUUGGAUCUUAAGUUGUAUGGAGUCCACAGUCUUAGGGCCGAAGGAGCAUCAGCAGCCCUUGGUGUACCUGAUCGGCUAUUCCAAAGGCAAGGGGGAUGGCGUAGUGAGAGGUCUAAAAUCAAUGACAUUCAGGAGUCCAUGGAGUCACUGUUAAGAGUUACUAAUACAAUUCAGGCUCGAGAACUAAUUAGGCAUUUAUGGCUUAAUUUCCACCUUGUUCAAAUUUAUCAGACUUUAAGCGAUAUAGUAUUGGGGUGAACAUUUAGCAUGAACUGUGUCCAGACAAGUCGAGCAUGAUACCUAGCUCAUUUUUCCACUUCGUUGUAAUUCAGUCGGACAGUUUAUUCUCUGUCCGGUUAUGCUAUGGUUGUUUUCUAGUUCUAGGACUCUGAGAUUGUAUUUUUGUUGCCGCUCUAUGUUCUGUGCAUUGCGGCGGUUGGCUUGGCAUGGGUACCAGUGGUGUGUGAGAAGGGUAAUUUUCCACUGGCUGAGUUUAACGAAUUAAGUGGAAAAUGUUUUUCUCACACACCGCUGGGAGCCUGGGUAUAGAUCAUGUGACUGAAGGGCGGGCAGUUGCUUUAGUUGCGUCCGCCAUUACUGACCUUCCCAUCCACCCACCCUAAGAUUUCAGUUUUGUAUGCUGUUAAAUGUACGGUGCAACUUUGUAGUUUUGUUAACGUCCUACCUUUCUAAGGUUAUGUUAUGUAUGCAUUUUUUGAGUUUAAAAUAAAGGUCAGGCUGUGGCGGUCAGCUUGGCAUGGCUACCAGUGGUGUGUGAGAAAGUGGUUUUUAGUUCAGUAUGAGGAUGAUUCAGUUAAAAAAAGAAGAACUAAAAAACCAACUUGCGUCUAAGUUAGCAUCUGAGUUAGCAAAAAGACAACAGGCUCCCACGGCCACAAGGUAAAAUUUCAGUCAGCAGGGAAUGUCAGCCCACCCGCAACGUAACAUUCUAAAAAGAUCCAAAUGGGCUGGGUGCAAUUCAGUGAUAGAGAAAAGCGUUAUGUCGCUGUAUACAUGGUAACAGGGAGAGGAAUGAGAGAAGUAUCAUCUCCAACCCCAGUGACAUCAGCAGAGCUGAUAGAAGCCAUGAAAGAGGUUUUUCUUCCAGAAGGAACUUCCGGAUUUGGUUCUACAGAUCAAAUGACUUUCAAACUAGGAAACUUUAGAUAUAAGGAAAUAACACGAAGAAAAGUACAUCAACAUGGCUUAAUGUCUGGACCAGCUUGGCCAAAAGCAGGAAUUUUGAAACCAAUUGGCUUGCUUAUGAAGUCAAACAACUAG